UUUUAGAAUGUUUGGCUUGAACCCCAUACCUGAAUUGCAAGCUAAUAACCCUUCAAAUUUAUGGAUGGAAUAUUCUAAAGAAAGAGUAUGCAAUGAAGCAAAAACUUUGCCUGAUACACACAAUCAUCUUGAUGAAAUUCUUCAUCGUAUUCCGCCUGGCGAUGUUCUGCUUCAUUGUGGAGAUUUUACUAAUUUUGGAGAUUUGGAUGAGCUUGAAAAAUUCAAUAAAGAACUCAAACAACUUCCCCAUCGUUACAAAAUUGUUAUUGCUGGAAAUCAUGAAUUGGGGUUUGAAGAUGGGGAGGAUAUUAGUGGGAGAAGGGCAAAUGCUAAUAUGUGGAGGUUAGGCUCUGGAAGCCGUGGAACACCUCAAGGCUACAAACAUUUGACUGAUUGUAUUUAUUUGCAAGAUUCUUCUGUAAAGAUUUAUGGUAUCAACAUUUUUGGCUCUUCUUGGCAUCCACUUCCCGGAUUUUCCUUCUACCGUUCUAGAGGCAAAGCAAUUUUCAAUGAAUGGUUAAAAAUUCCACAAGCCGAAAUUUUGGGAGAAAACUACAAACCUGUUGUUGAUGUUUUAAUGACUCAUUCACCUCCAUUAGGGCAUUCUGAUCUUCCACCAAGAGGGGAUAGAAUGGGGGAUGCCGAUUUACUUAAUAUUGUGGAAAAGGCUGUGAAGCCGAGAGUCCAUGUUUUUGGUCACACUCACGAACCCAGACCUGUUGCUACAACAAACGGAGAAACUUUAUUUAUUAAUGCUGCAAUAUGUUCGGAUAAAAACACGCCUUUAAACAACCCGGUGCUUUUUGAUUUGCCAUUACCAGAAGGGGAGAAAAAAGAAUAA